AAAGCACAAAUACAGCGUUGUCCGUGUGAAUAAAGUUUAUUGAUGCUCGGCGGUGACGUCAUCAUUGGUAAAGAUGGCGGCCCCUGGGAUCGAGACUCCCGGUUCGGAGGAAGAAGAAGAAGACGAUUACGGGAAGAAGGUUCGGGGGAGGCCCCGGCUGAAUGACACGGACCGGGUAAGGCGGCGGCUGGAGUCCCGGAAGAAGUAUGACUGCCGGCGGGUGUACCUGGGGGAGGCGCACGGAGCCUGGGUGCUGCGGAGGGACCGAGGGGACGGCGGCGGAGAGGCCUGGAGCGAUGCCCGGCUGGCUGCCCACCUGCUGGCUCUGGAGACGGGAUGCCAAGGGAAGCCUGAGGGUGAUGUCCAGCCAAACCCACCUCACCGGACAAGACAGAAGCGCUGUGUGAACAAUCUGCUUACCUUAAUGACCUGGUAUUAUGACCACAAGAGCCGCUGCCCUCAUGAGCCUGCCCUCUCCGAGCUGGACACCAGCCAACUCCUCUACACCACAGCAGUGUGGCAAUGCCAGGCUGGGCACCAUUUCUUUCAAGACCUUCGGUGCCCCUUGAAGUCACUAAAUCAUAAACUGUGUGACGAUGACAUAAGCUCCGACGAUUCCUCCUCCAGACCUACACCGGUGAUCCAGGUGUCGGAGAUGUGUGAGGAGACAGACCAGCCGGUCCAUGCCCUGUACUCCGAGAGUGUGACAGAGGGAGAAGAGCAGUGCACGGAGGAGACGGAGACUGUGGUGUGUGUCCCCGUGGGGCCCGGAGCUGAAGGUCUCUUUGAGGGAGUGACCCAGGAAGCACUGGGGCGGGUGGUAGCUGCUGCCAAUUGCCCCUCGCAGGUCAUCAUUAUCGCUGGGCCUGGAUACGAGGCAUUGGCAGCAGAAGGGAUCCAGCUAGAUGUCGGUGGAGAAGGCAGUGGAGAUGACGGUGGAUGUACCACCUUGGAAGCUGUGUCUGCAUUCACCCAGACUGAGCCCGGGGACCAGGAUAUAAACAGCAGCGAGGGGGUCCUGACAGAGGAGAACACGCUGUACACCCUACAGGCGGAGCAGUCCGAGCUGGACGAAGCCCAUGGUGUCCUACUCGCCUCCCCGUUAGCCAAUACGGAUUCUAUGGAAGAACCGAUUGAGCGGGUGAUCCUGGAGACUGGAAGGUACCAAGUGGAACCCGUGCAGCACACGGUCAAGGAACCUGAGAGGAAGAGGAACCGUCGUGCUCCAGUGUUAGAUGCUGAUGGGGUGCCGGAGAUGUUUCACUGUCCGUACGAGGGGUGCACACAGGUCUAUACCUCUCUGAACAGCUUCCAGAACCAUGUGAAUUUAGUUCACAGAAAAGGUAAAACCAAAGUGUGUCCUGAAGCCGGCUGCGGGAAGAAGUUCUACCUGUCUAAUCACCUGCGGCGUCACAUGAUCAUACACACUGGCGUCCGUGAAUUCAUCUGCGAGACUUGCGGCAAAUCGUUUAAAAGGAAAAGUCACCUCGAAGUCCAUAGGAGAACACACACUGGGGAGACCCCGCUACAGUGUGAGGUUUGCGGCUUCCAGUGCAGGCAGCGGGCGUCUCUGAACUGGCACAUGAAGAAGCACGGCUCGGAGAUCCAGUACAGCUUCUCCUGUGAACAAUGCGGGAAACUCUUUGAGAAACGGGAGAGCGUCAAAUUCCACAAGCUGAAGAGUCACCCGGAGGGGAGAGCCACGUGAUGGGGACAUCCAGGUCACAUGUCAGUCUAUAAGUACUAGUGGAUAGCCUGAUGUCCGGAGUCCUAGGUAACACCAGCUGAGCACCAGGACUCCUCCUCUAUUUUCCUGGCCCUAGCACAGUAGACCAGGGAAUGCCUCACUCUCUUAGUAUAUAUACACUAGUCAGCACUGCUUUCUGUAUAGGCGACUACCGGGACCUUUUUAUUUUUCCCAAAGAUGGUUCAGUAUAAAAAGGAUAUACAGUAGUGCCGCAUAAUGGUAGUGAUUUGUAAAAGUAUGUGCCCCCUUUCACAUCUGACAUCAAUACGAUUAUGCCAUAUUAAACGAUUUCCUGAAACACUGACCUCACCAGGAUUUGCAAAGCACAGCUCCUCCUGCAGUGGCCACUAGUGGGGAAAUGUAGUAUUACACUCGAGUGCACAUUCAUGGCUAGGUUGAGUAAAGGCGGGAGAUGCGCUUAUUCUUCAGGCUAAAGAAGCGGGCCCUUGAUGUGAGCUUCCCCUUUAGGCUUGGUUAAUGAACUAUGAAUAGCACUUAUCCCAAAUAAGACAGUACUAAUCAAUCGGUGCAGAUAUUGAUCUGUUAUCUUCUACUUAGGGCCCCUUUUAGAUCUGAUGAAUUAACUUACAACCGCGGUCUAGCUUUUCCGGAUAAAGUAACUUUAAGGCCCUGCCAAACUCAUUUCAGGAGCUAUAGAGAUCAAUGUACGUUUAACCCCUUAAUGCUCCCCAUAAUACACCUGCGGCUUGGCAGUUGUUAGGGGAGCAUGGAGCAGGCUCUGGAGCUGAGCUCGCUCCAUACCUGGCAGGCUUUCCUUUGUUGGGAUAGGUUUAUGUGAGUUUCUUGCAGCGCUUGUUCCUUGGUGGAAAAUUUGCAGGAAAUUACAUUGACCCCAGUCAGGUCUGCUAUGGGAUUUACAUUGCGAAAAACCCGCUGCAGCUCAAACACGCAGCAGGGAACUCGGGGUUAAUCCAUUCAAGUUAAAGGGGUAUUCCAGGAAAUUCAUUUUUUUUUUUCUGGAUACAGAAAGUUAAACAGAUUUGUAAGUUACUUCUAUAAAAAAAAUCUUAAUCCUUCCAAUAAUUAUCAGCUGCUGAAGUUGAGUUGUUGUUUUCUGUCUGACAACAGUGCUCUCUGCUGACAUCUCUGCUUGUCUCGGGAACUGCACAGAGUAGAAGAGAUUUGCUAUGGGAAUUUGCUUCUACUCUGACGACACCUGUCUCGGGAACUGUCCAGAGAGAACUUAGACAGAAAAGAACAACUCUACUUCAGCAGCUCAUAAGUACUGAAAGGAUUAAGAUUUUUUUUAAUAGUAAUUUAAAAAUCUGUUUAACUUUCUGGAGCCAGUUGAGAUAUAUAUAUAGAUAUAGAUAUCUCUCUCUCUCUUUCUCUCUCCUAGAUAAUCCUCUCAAUGAUAAUCCUGGGGUUUAUUGUUGGACUGUCAUGGCAGUCCGGUGCAGAGUGUAAUAGGAGACCAAUGGAAUGACAGCACGCUGCAAUAUAUUAGUAUUACAGUGUACUGUGCAAGCAAUUGCAUCUUCAAUUAAACUAAAUGUUUAAUUAAAACAAAAAAUACAUUUAAAAAAAUAGAAAUAUAUAAAAAAUCUUUUUUUUUUGUUUUUUUUUUUUUAAAUAAUAGUGUUAACUACAAAAAAUAAACAUAUUUGCUAUCACAGUGUGUGUAAAUGUGUGAGCUAUUAAAAUAUAACAUCAUGUAAGCCGGAGGGUGAACGCAAUAAAUGCCCGAAGUUGUUGUUUCUUGUGGGCCCCUCAUCUCCCCCCAAAAAAACAUUCAUUCUAAAUAGAUCAAAAAGUCCCAAAAAUGACAGAUUACAGUGCAUAAAAAGAGUACAGUGGUCCCUCAACAUACGAUGGUAAUCCGUUCCAAAUGAACCAUCGUUUGUUGAAACCAUCGUAUGUUUAGGGAUCCGUGCAAUGUAAAGUAUAGGAAGUUAUACUCACCUGUCCCCGCCGCUCCGGACCCGUCACCGCUGCCCUGGAUGUCGCCCACCAUCGCUGUCGCCGCGUCCCAGUGAUGUCCCCGACGCUUCAGACGUCUUUGCUUCCCCAGGUACGUCACUCUCACGUCGCCGCCAUCACGUCACUACGCACGCCGCUCCUAUUGGAUGACGGGACGGCGUGCGCGGCGACGUGAUGACGAUGAUGGAGAGCGCCGACGAUGGAGGGGAUCCUGAAGAGGACGCUCUGGUGCCCCGAGGACAGGUAGGAAACCGUCACCAGAGCACACGGGACACCGUAAUCGGCUAUCCGGUGGUAUCUGAAGCAGUCUGCGCUGCAGGAUAGCCGUUUAUGCAAUGGCCCCGACAUACAAAAGCAUCGUAUGUUAAUGCUGCCUUCAACAUGCGAUGGCCUCUGAGAGACCAUCGCAUGUUGAAAUUAUCGUAUGUCGGGGCCAUCGUAGGUCGGGGGGUCCACUAAUUUAAUCGGGGGGGAAAAAAAAAGCUUUAGGUCGCAGAAUAUCAAGACAGAGUAAUUUUAAGAAGUCAUUUUUAUACUCUUUUUGAGUAGUAAAACAUAAACAUGGUACUUGACAGCAGAAUAAAAUUAACAUAGAAGUUUUAUUGCAUUUUAUUUUUUCAUCAACCCACGUUUUUUUAUUUUUUAUUUUUUUAUUUCUCAGGACAUUAGGGUUUAAAACUGUUUUUCCCAACCAGGGUGCCUCCAGAUGUUGCAAAACACCUGGAGGAACCCUGGUUGGGAAACACUAAUGUAAAAUAAAAAGCUGCCAUUAUAAAGGGCAACUUGCCCCACAAACAGGUAUGCAUUAACCACAAAAACCUAUACUUACCUAGCCCCAGUUCCCUGCAGCUCCGGUUCACCUCUGUCCUGUUCCCUGAUCUUCCUUCAAGCAUUCAGUGCAGGACCUGCCAGCUCAGCCAAUCACUGGCCACAGCAAUGUCCUAUCUCAGCCACAGCAAUGUCCUAUGCUUGCGCAGUGAAACGCGUUGCAUCUUGGCUGAAAAAAGCUUUUUUUUUUUUAUCUGAACCUACGUACAUGAAGCCUCUUUGUUCCGGUCAGCGGCAGAGAAUUCCCUGCCACCCACGAAGUUCAUUGCAUUAUACAAGUGAUUGGCGCAGGCAGGUCCUGGUCAGAAGAGAGAUCACAUGCCAUUUUACAAGUCCACCUCCCCUCAUGGUGUAGUUUUUGGUAAACACUGAAGAGGUCAGUGUGCUACAUCACGUCCCCCAUUUGCCCUUGUGAUAGAUCGGGUACCCAGCGGUUGCGCUCGCGCCAGUCAUGCCCUUCUAAAGAUGCCGUUUCUACUCUAAUGCAUUCCUUAUGUAAGAAACACAUUUUCAAAUUCUUAAAAUCUGCGCCUCCCCUUUUCACGUUCCUUGUAGUACACAGUAGGAAGUAGAUGUGUCCCCAAAAAUGUAUCCUUGGUUGCAGUGCCCUUUUUUACUUUCUAGACCAGUGUUUCCCAACCAGGGUGCCUCCAGCUGUUGCAAAACUACAACUCCCAGCAUGUCCGGACAGCCAAAGGCUGUCCGGGCAUGCUGGGAGUUGUAGUUUUGCAACAGCUGGAGGUACCCCGGUUGGGAAUCAUUGUUGUAGACUUUUUACCCAAGGGACAUUACCCAUAAUCGUCCCAGUCACUCUUUGCCUGUCUAAGUGUGUGCUCACCGCAUUGUUUCUAUUAAAAGAUACUUUAUUUAUUGUACGUUAUUGGGUGUU